CGCCGACCAUGCGUUUGGCUACCCUCGGCGACACUCACACACAAAAUAUCAUGAAAACUCUCCUCGACUACAGCUCCACACGCCCUCUGAAACCGGGUCCUGGUCCCCUAGUUUGCCUCGGGACUUUGGCUCGUGCACAACACCGCCGCUAGGGACCGUUCUAAAGGCGGGGAUGAGAGGCAGACCAGCUUGCAAGACUGCUGAGGGACUGCGGCGAGGUGGUGUAUGAGAGGACCGGUCACGCGGGAUAGGCCUGCAGAGUGACGGGAAAGUGGCGUGUAAAAGCAUGAACUAAUCGAUUUUGUUGCUGCCUUGCUGUGUUGGCGGGCCUCCAGAAGUGUGCCAAGUAAUGUGAUUAGGAGUCAAGAUCGAAGGAGUUACUUGUGGUGUCUGAGACGGGAAGCGAGGGGCGUGUGGGAAGCCUCUCCCACGCCCCUCCCUCCACCGCCACUCCGCCGCCGCCACCACCACCACCGCCGCCACCGCCGCCGCCUCCUCUCUUCCCACCGCCACGGAUCAAUGAAACUGGCCACAAGACGCCCCGAGAGUUACGCCGAAACCAGCCACGUCCAGAGCAAAAGUGAGGUGGGCCCUGAGACGCAGUUUCCGGUGGGUCAAGUCACCGUUCCCAUGCGCUGUUACCCGAAUACCUGGGACACGCCGCGACGAACCUGGCCAUACCAGGUAACCCGAUCCGCGGAGCCCCUCACCUAGCUACCGCCACUCAUUAUGGGGUCUGGAAAUGCCCACCGGAGAUGACGGAUAUCAAUGACGCUUUUUAUGCAUUUACAACUAAAGAAUAAAAGCGGAAUAUGUAUCACACGUAACAUAUUGUCUCUUUAUUAUGAUUACUUGAUGUUUUCCUAUAAAGGGCAAUGAUGAAAGAUAUUAGAGAGCGUCCGGGCAGCCUGCGUGCAAGCACUGCCCUGGGUAGCCAAAAGGAGGCGUAAGGGGGGAGGGAGGAGUGGACAGCUAGCGGUCUGAGAAACACAACAGGUUUGGUAGGUGAGAACGCGAGGGCCGUCUCUCACUCCCACGUAGUAGCGUACCCUGCCUCUCACACUACGCUCUCACCCUCCACCCACGACACCAGCACCUCGUCAUCUCGCCUUCAGAAACAGACGACUCUUCAUUGUGUGAGGAAAAUUAAGUGAUAUCUUAAUAACGUAAAGCGGAAAACGUUAACUCUGAGCACAGACAAACGUGAACACCUGAAUGUCUCAUAAAAAAUUAUUCAGUGUUGUUAUGUAUUUCCGGCACAAAGUUAGUGCAGCCGUGUGUGCGGCGCCCUGAAGGCUGACGUGGUGUUUGACCCGUGACUGUGCAGUGCGACAGAGGUUUGUGCGGUCGUGCGUGGCUCGUCACUUCGGCGCGACAACCAGGCCAGCGCCACCAGGCCCUGACGGAAAGAAAACAUUUUCGUCAAACUUCUGAAAAUUAUCCGAUAAUAACAUGUUCCAUCCCUCCGCGACCUGCUCGACCUCCCACGACGGGCCGAAGGUAACCCCGAGGCAGUGGUGGCGUUGCUCCUGAGCCCCAACAGACCCCGGAACUGUUUGCUGGGAUGAGAUGUGUCACAAAAAUAAUCCUUUGUCGUGAGAAAACUACUGUGAAAAAAGGAAUAGAAAAAUAUAGAUGUAAAUCUAAACGACCCAGUAAAUUUUUUCCCCCACAAUCGCGACCUGAGGCAAGGCAAGGUCGUCUCGCUGACCGCCACCAUCACCGCUCAUCCGGAUCAUCUGCUCGCCACAAGUUCCUCUCUAGAAUUAAGUAAAUGAGAAAACAGCUAAGCCACCUACCUCGCCUGCCCGCUGGAUUGUCCCGGGAAGGCCUCAUCCCCCCAGGGACUGAGUGUCGUUUAUGGGAUCACUAAAACACGCACAAAUCACUGCGUGUCUCCGCCGCAGCUUUUUGUAUUGCGCCCUCGCACUGCGGCAGGAGAAAGCGGAAAUAGGUCUCACGUUACCACAUUGACCCACAUCCCCACCCUCAGGUUCCGGUGGCUACCUUCCCCUAUGCACCUGGGCUUUAAUUUAUCUCAUUAACCCUUCACACCUGCUUCUCCCCUCCGCUCUAUGCCUCCCCUUCCCUUCCGUGUGACCUUACCCUCCCCUUCACCCAUAAUUGAGAUCUCGUGACCUGGCUUCCCUCCCGUACCUCCUUCCAUACCCCUUUCAGUGACUUCAUCGAGGUCAUUGUUUUCAUCCGGUCGGGCCACUAACCUCCCACAGGCCAACGCGUCGGGGCCUUUGUCGCUCGCCGGCAAACACAAAGGUUUGGGAGACGCCUGGCUUGGGAUAAUCGGACUCUAAUUGGGAGCCGCAGGUCACGUGCCGUCUCUCUCGACCUGGCCAGCUGAGGUCACUCGGGAACCGAAGCUGUACCGUGACGCUCUUUCAAUUGGUCGGUGAUGGAUGGCUCCUCGGCCCCGCUUUUCCUCCCACCACGACCCCUGCACGCCACCCGCCCCACGUCACGCCAUCAUUGCACUGUCUCGGGUUCACAGUGACUUGUUUCAUGCUAUAAUAACGGACCAUCGAUCCCAGACAAUAAAAAAAACAUUUCUCUAUAUUCUUUCCAAGGCGUCUGUGUUAAGCGCCACUCCCUUACCCUCAUCCCUCAGUCCCUUGCGUGGUAAUACAAAAACGCUGAAUCGUGUUCUUAAUUUAAGACAGAAAAGUGAGCACUUAAUAAUAUCAGGAAAGAUCUUGCCUUAAGUGAGCAUAACUCGAGGCUCUUAUUGAUGCAUCGCGUGCCCGAGGGAAGCAGCGAGGAGCCCAAGCAACGAGAAGAUUGUGGAGAGCAACGAGGCAGCUCAGUAUGAUGGUGUACUUCGGGGACCACGCCUCCACAGGGUUUGGGUUGCCCGGCCUGCCCCUCUUCUCCCUGUCGGCACUCCUUGGCAGACAGGCUCUCAGUCUACGAGGUCAUGGAGGAGUCAACCAGCUGGGCGGCGUGUUCGUUAACGGGCGGCCGCUGCCAGACAUGGUGCGCCAGAGGAUCGUGGAGUUAGCCCACAACGGUGUGAGGCCCUGCGACAUCUCCAGGCAGCUCCGGGUCUCCCACGGCUGCGUCUCCAAGAUUCUAUCAAGAUAUUACGAGACCGGGAGCUACAAAGCCGGCGUGAUUGGCGGCUCCAAGCCCAAAGUGGCGACGCCCGUUGUGGUGGAUGCCAUAGCCAGGUACAAGCGCGAGAACCCCACCAUGUUCGCCUGGGAGAUACGAGACAGGCUGCUCACGGAGAAUGUUUGUACCCAGGAGAACGUUCCCUCCGUGUCCUCCAUCAACAGAAUCGUGAGGAACAAGGCGGCUGAGAAGGCGAAACACGGCCUGCCGGGAACACUGUCUCCGGUGUCUCAGGCCACGUCCGUGAUCGCACACGCCCCGCCAGCCCCACACGAGACCGCUCUGCAGCGCCCCGGCUCCUACUCCAUCAACGGCAUCCUCGGCAUCCCUCCUCACACUGACCCCAACGGCAACAUCAACAAGAGGAAGAGGGAGGACUCCGACGAGCAUCGUGACAUGAACGGCCACCACGAGGAUGACCUGAAGCGACAGAGAACCCAGUACAACACCGACCCUCUGUAUACCAAUAUGUUGUGGCCAAAGCAGUGGCCGCCCCUGAAGACUGAGGACGCCGCCAAGACCCUCCUGCCAGACCUCGGAGGAAGUGUCCCGAGCGGCGCCGCGUCCCCCUACAGCAGCGUCCAGUCCUUCGUGGAUCACCCGACAAGCUACCCCUCGGUGUCGGCGUCCUCCAUCUCCACGGACGCCCUCUACGAGACCAUGUCCAUGACUCAGUCCAACAGCAACCACGUGUACUCGCCUCCCCUCGCUACCUCCCUCGGUAGCGCAGGUGGCCUGACCCCCCUCACACCCAUCACUAUGCAGGACGUGAAGCCUGUCCUAGCGGCAUCCUCAGUCCUUGACACCACUGCCUCCCAGUACCACCAAGGAGGGACCGUCUACACGCCCCUCAGCACCCCUCAGCCCGCCGGCUACGCCAGCACCCUGACCCCCGCCCACUACCCGGAGCAGCACACGCCCGCCUCACCCCCCACCCAGUGCACCUCUAACGACACUGUGACGCCGCUGGACAACCUUGUGGUGGCACCCUGCUCCUCGCCCCUCAAGGCUGACACCCCCUGCACCACAGCCCUCACAGUCCUCCAGCCUGCAUCCCACGCCCACGCCGCCACCCACCACGCACAUGUAUCCACCCAUGCACACACUCCUACCCACGUGCAUACAACAACGCACGCCCACGUACCAAUGCACGCCCAUGUAGCGGCCACUCCACCUGAUCCAGCUUAUACCUCCCUCCCGUCCAUCACUCAUUACUCAGGUACGGCCAGCAUAGGAGCCAGCAUGACGGACUACACGUACUCGUCGCCAUACACCCAGUACACGACCACGUACCCUGCCUACGGGUACGGCACCGGAGGGCUCCUCAACAUGGGUAACUACAGCGGCUCCAGCAAUGGUGGUAACAAUGGCAGCGGUGGUGCCGUCACCAACAACCCCAACAGUGUCACCAAUAACCAGAACAACAACAACAACAAUAACAAUAACGGCAACAGUACAGCGGCUCGUCUCCGGAUGCUACAGUCAAGUCUGGGGUCCCCAGCGUGCCUCAGACAGGACCGCUGCACGUAGCGCUAACGUGCACACCCCCAUACACCACCACCGCCGCAAGUGUCAGUUGAUGGUAGCUCUCUGGGCUGCUACGAGACGACUGUAAUUAGAACACAUUUUGGUAAUAAACUCUUGUGCAAUGAAUGUUCUGCACACCUGCUCCGAGCCGGGGUCCGCAGGACGACUGUGUGAGGAACACGUAGGAGCCGCACAAGCGUCACGGCCACCGCCGGGCAGGGAGACCAAUGCUAGUGUAGCUGAGUGCGUGUUGCAGCAGCACGGACCGAUCUCUAUAGCUAGGAUACCAAAGAACUAUCACCACCACCACUUUCAAGUCACGAGCUUGCUUGAGUCAGGACCCUCCUGCCUGUGAGCCUCCCCUCGUCAGGCGCACCCCGAGGAGACAACCUCAUCACCCCCCAGGCAUUUCGGAUUGUACAUAGCACCCCCGGGCCCUCCCAGUGUGCGUCUGAGGGAGGGGCGACAGCGGGUGGGACAACCUGGCUCCCCCCCACACACACACCUUUCCACUCUGGGCGCGGGAAGCCUUCCUCCUGUAAUAGGAUGACAGUGGCACCUCCCGUCGCCGGUUACUUCCUCUCUCGGGUCUCGGUAUUUUUAUUGGGGUUUGUCGCUGUCCAGGACCUACAUCUACUGACUCGUGUUUUUGACGUAGAUCAAAAACUCUUAAAAUCCCUGUAACGUUAAGUUAUAUUUUUCAACAGAGGCGCCUGUAAAAUGGUUAUUUGAUUACCUCUCCAUAUAUCAUAUAUAAAUAUAUAUAUAGAAUCUAUAUAUAAAGCACACAAAUACCUCUCACACUGUCAGCAGAGGCUAAGAACAAUAGAAUACAGUAGAAGAGUAUUUUUUUGUUGGGUGCGCAUGUGUGUGUGUCGGCCUGAGCUCCGCCCCUCUCUUACCUCUGAAGGCUGUUUACCAAAGAGGCGUAGUGUGGCUCCUGCCUCCCUGCCUGUUUGUACAAGGCGAAGUUUAGUCAGGUGGACCUCUGUCAGUGAGGUUGCUCUAUGUUGGUCUUAUUGUAGGAGACCGUUUUGUACAGACCAGUUUUAAAAACAAAAGGAUGAUAGGCUGAACUAUGUAUUACUAAUAAAAGACCUAUUUAUAAUGUCUGACGGAAUACUGAACUAGGUAGGUCGUAGCAUUAAGGAAAGAGUAGGCAGUAAGGAUUUCCCCUUUUGUACGCUAGUUUUUUUUUUUUUUAUUUAUUUCGCCCGUGUUCCCUCAGUUACAGUGUACAGUAUUACCCGUAGAGUAAGUCCCCGCACGGUCCAGCAGCCCACAGAGUGCCCACGGCGCGCAAAGCACCCCGCACGCCGCCCUUCGACCCCGCGGCCAAGAGUCAUCCCGUACGGGUCAGUCCUCACCUGCUCGUCAGGAUUAUUAGUCUUACACGUGAUUUCGGAAAACGAUGAUCUUACAAAGCAAACAAAAAUAACGUCGAGUAUCGACGUGUACCUUAGCAUUUUUCACAUGGCUACAUAAACUAGUCCCACUUGGUCGAAAACCGGGGCAGCUGUUGGUCUGCUCUUCAAAGACGUAUGAUUUGAACAUCCCCGUGAGCCUCAACAACUCACAAGCCCCUGUAUUAUUACUUUACUUCAUCCUCAGUAAGUAAAGUACACACUCCCGAGGUCCCCCAUUCUCAGUAUUCUCCGCUGGGCGUUCGAAGCAGGAUUCGAGUCGGCCAGUCGGAGCUUUGCAUAUCAUUGUUUCGGAGUCGCAGGCUGUUGGGUGUGGUAUAAAGCUUUUGUUUUUUUACACUUGGAGUCUGUAGUCGUCUCUUGCGCCUCCAUCGCAUUGUUCUUGUAUAGGUAAAUUAUUAUUAUUACUAUAUAUUUUAUUUUGGUUUGUGCACAUCAGCGUGUAAAGUCACUGUUACUCACUUUUUUUUUUCGUUUUAUGUCGCUUCUGCAUUAUUUCUUAUGAUUUGUAUCUAUAAACUGUUUUCUACGUCAAGCUGUAUACCAGCGGCCCGCAGCACAGUACUGUGCAGCAGUAAGUUGACUAUUGGUUGUCAGUUUCUGUAACAGCUUGUCAGAGUAACAGCGGAACUAUGACAAACUGAGAGUGUCUUCCAGCACUAUGUAUGUACAGCAGACUGUUUGUAUUUCAACUGAUGCUGUUUUAGUCAGACACGUUGAACCUACAUAUUGAUGUAUGCAGCAGCAGCGGCGGCAGCAGCAGCAGCAGCAGCAGCAGCAGCAGCAGCAGUAGGUAGCUCUAGAAAUAAACCAACGCUGUUUAUAGUAAAAA